GAGCGACACACUGAAGGAGCCCCACAGACGAGCAGCAGAAGUGGAUUCAACAUAUGAAAAACGGCAGAAAAAGAAAAAAGAAAACCUGAAUUGUUUCCCCGUGGUUUGUAAAGUAGGAGGCGAGAGGAGCCGCCGGUGCGCUCCGCGAUGUCAGCCGCAGUUUGUAGGCGGGAUGGGGAGAGGAGAGCGGGCUUUAUUCGCAGGAGCUGCCUCGCUGCUUUCUGUUAAUUGCUACUUGGAGACAAUUAAGCAGCAGUUGAGGAGCGAAGAGAGUGUUCGGCGUCAACUUUAAAAAGAAAAAAAGCUCCUCGUCUGCUGGAGCUUGCCGGUGGAUGUUGGGCCAUGGAGAUAAAGAGAAGACUCCGAGCCAUACUGAUGUUAAUAUGGAUCUUUCAAGGUGACACCCAAAAGGUGGAGAUCCCCAGAGGAGAGAUGGAGGUAGUGAAGGGCCAGAUGGUGGUGUUACAAGCCUGGUACAGCCCCAACUCAGACAUUUCCAAAAACUCUGUCAUUUGGCAAUUCGUUGGAAAUGAGUCUAAGCAGGUGAUAAACUUCAGCUCAGGUGAGGUCGGGCACGGCCAGAACGACUUUUCCAAAAGAGUGGGCUUCAGCGUGACCAUGCCCUCAGCAAACCUCUCCAUCUACAUCAACAACACCCAGGAGUCCGACUCUGGACGCUAUGUCUGCAUUGUCGUCAUCCCUGGAGGUGGCAUAACCGGAGAGAUGCACCUUAAUGUCAAAGUCCCUCCCUCUCCACCAGUAUGCACCAUGACAGGGAACCCAGUGGUGAAGGGCAAUGUGACUCUGAGCUGUAAGUCCAGUCAUGGAAAACCCGUCCCUCAGUACAAGUGGACCAAGGCUGCACCCAUGUCUGAGGUCUUCUUCUCCCCAAUGCAGAAAUGGAGAACUUGCCCCCAGCCCAUGCUUGUCCUUGGGUACAUGGAUGAGAGACACGGCACCCUCAGGCUGAGCAACCUCACUAAAAGCAUGUCAGGGAAGUACAUCUGCCGAGCCAGCAACACUGCCGGCUCCGACAGCUGCUCCAUUAACCUGGAGGUUAUCACCUCUUCCAAUGCAGGCAUGAUUGCAGCAGCCACACUGGGGUCGAUAGUGGGACUGGUGGCCAUGGCGCUCUUCCUCAUAUUCAUACUGAAAAGGAGGCGGGACACCGAGGAGGAGAUAGCCAACGAGAUCAAGGAGGAUGCUCAGGCACCGAAGCGAGUGUCAUGGGCAAAGAGCAACACCGGCUCAGACAUCGUAUCCAAGAACGGCACGCUAUCCUCCAUAGCCACCAGCCCCCGCCCCGAGACCCCCCACCAGCCAAACUUCCACUACCCGUACUCCCCUAUCUCAGCUUCAGACAGCUCAGUGAUCAACGCCUACCAGCUGCGACCCGGAGAAGCCAACCCCCUACAGGGACUUCCUGGUUACAACAUCGGAGGCACCCCGUCGCGCAAACACAAGCGACCUCCCAGCACGAACGGGGGCCCUCCGCAGGUUCUAAGGAGCCCUGUGGUCGCCAUCCCCAACAGGACUGAGGGGGCUCAGCCUCAGGUGCCACCUCCACUCACUGUGUCCCCACAAAUGAGCUCCUCCACUCUGACGCGCAUGGGAGCCGUUGCUGUCAUGGUGCCUGCUCAAAGCCAAGCCGGCUCGCUGGUGUAGCCGGCGGAAGCGUCUCUGACUCGGAACAAAAGGGACAGUGGU